AUGAGACCACGAAAUUACAUCUGCGCUACCUGCCUCCGCAAAAGAACGCCAUACCUCCGCCAUCGCACCGUCGCAACAACAUCAACACAACCAACCACCGCAAAACCCCCCAAUCCGAACCUACUCCCCUUCCACGCCCUCACACCCUCCCAAAUCUCCUGCUACUGGGAGACACACAUCCCCAAUGAACCCCAACUCGCCUACGCCAACUCUCUCUUCACCCCCUCACGCCAUUCCCCCAUAAAAUUAUGGUCCGCCAACCGAUUCCGCACAUUGCCCAUGUCCUCUCUAGAACCCGAAGUCGCGUUCCUGGGUCGCUCGAAUGUUGGAAAAAGCUCAUUGCUGAAUGCGAUUAUGGGGAAGGAGAUAUGUUGGACAUCGUCGAAGCCGGGGCGCACGAGGGAGAUGAAUGCAUUUGGGAUUGGAGGGACGAAAGGUGGGGAGAAUAAGAUUGUGUUGUUGGAUAUGCCGGGGUAUGGUAAAGGUAGUAGGACGGGGUGGGGGGUGGAGAUUAUGAAAUAUUUGCAGGGGAGGAGGCAACUUCGCCGCGCCUUCGUCCUAAUAGACUGCGAUCACGGCCUCAAACGAACAGACCAUGACAUCCUAGCCCUAUUCCGCCAAUACGCCAUCCCUCACCAAGUAGUAUUAUCCAAAGUCGACAAACUUCUUAGAUCCAAGUCCGGUGCGUCGGUAGCAAGCCUCACCGCGCUGCAAGACAGACUACAAAGUCUACGAUCCGUUGUCCAACCAGACGGUCGAUUCGAGGGGCCCGGUGCUUUGGGUGAGAUUCUCACAUGCAGUACGGAGCCGCGGAUGCGCGUUGCGCCAGGGCAGGGACAGUUUUUGGGAAUUAGUGCGUUGCGGUGGGCGAUCUUGUCGGCUGCGGGUUAUGGGGGCAGUGUGGAGGUGAAAGAAGAUCCUGUUGUGUCUUCUGAGAAAUUGGGGCAGAAAGUACCUGAUUUUCGAUUCUGA